GUAAAAGUCAGAUAGAAUUAAGGUGCUCUCGCGGUUGUUGCUCUGUUGUGUUACGUUAGAUAAAUAUUAUUCACACAACGACAAUGUUGUUCUCCGGUAAAAGGUUUAGAAGAGUCAGAUGUGAGAACCUCGACGAAAUGUUGUCAGCAACUCAGGCAAACGAACAUAUCGUCCGCGUGUUAAAAUCAAAGGCCCCUAUUGUGACUUUCACUAUUAAGGACGAAGAUAUACAUCUGCAUCUUGACAUUAAUGGCAAACACGCAACUUACAGCUUCAAGUUUGGAAAAGAACAAGAGAUGGAGAGGAUAGAUGGCGGGAAGGUGAAAAUCACAUACACCAGAGAAGGAAAUAACAUUCUCAAUCAAGUGAUAAAGAUGCCAGAUGGAAAGACUGCUUAUUUUAGAAGGGAGAUCAAAGGCGAUUAUGUUGAAAUGCUCGUCAAAAUGGAAGGUUCAGACCUCACCGCUACAAUAUAUUACGAAGUUGUGGACUAACAUGUUGAAGAGUAUUUUAUUAAUUUAUAAGUUAUUUAUUAUUAAUUAUAAGUGUAAAUAUUUCCUAUUAAAAUUAUAUAGUUUAU